GAGGAGGAACAGGAGGAGGAACAGGAAGAGGGGCAUGAGAACCAGGAAGAGGAGGAGGAGGAGGAGCAGGAAAAGGACCAGGAGGAGCAGGAGGAGGAGCAGGAAGAGAACCAGGAGGAGGGUCAGGAGGAGGAGGAACAGAAAGAGGAACAGGAAGAACAGGAAGAGGGGCAGGAGAACCGGGAAGAGGAGGAGGAACAGGAAGAACAGGAAGAGGGGCAGGAGAACCGGGAAGAGGAGGAGGAGCAGGAGGAGGAGCAGGAAAAGGAGCAGGAGGAGGAGCAGGAAGAGAAGCUGGAGCAGGGUCAGGAGGAGAAGGAGGAACAGAAAGAGGGACAGGAGGAGCAGGAGCAAGAGGAGCAGGAAGAGGAGCAGGAAGGGGAGCAGGAAGAGGAGCAGCAGGGGCAGGGGCAGGAGCAGGAGCAGGAAGAGAAGAAGGAGGAGCAGGAGCAGGAAGAGGAGCAGGAAGAGGAGCAGGAAGAACAGGAGCAGGAACAGGAAGAGGGGCAGGAACAGGAGGAGGAACAGGAGCAGGAGGAACAGCUGGAGGUGGAGCAACAGGAGUCUGUGAAAGGAGAAGGGGAAGAGAAUGAAGAGGAGGAAAAACCCAACAUAGAAGAUGAAGAAAAAAGUGAGACAGAAUCUGUGAAAGAAAAAGAAGAGGAGGAAGAGAAAGAAACAGAAACAGAAGAGGAUAUAAUAUUAGGGGAACCUAAGGAAGGAAAAGAGGAUGAAGAACAGGAGAAGGACGUGAAAGUAGAACAGGGAGAAAAAGAAGUAAUAUAUGAAGAAAAUAAUCAGGAAAUGGAAGCCAAAAGUGAAGGAGACAAAGAAGUGAAUGAUGAAGAGGAAAUGGAUGAAGAACAAAAAGAACAAAAAGAAACCCCAAAAGAUGAUCAAGAAGCUGAAGAUGUGACAGAUAAUAGUGCAGUAGAAAUGGAUGAAAAAGAAAGCGAAGGAGAUGAACCUGCAGAAAAUGUUGGUGAAUCUCAGGCCAUUAUUGAGGAAGAGAUUCCUGACAGUAGUGAACAGAAAUCUGAGGACAAUGCCAGUUUGGAGGCAAAAAGUGAGGCAUGUUCAGAAACAGCAGAAGUUGAAGAAGAGGAUGAGAACAAGGAGGGUGAUGAAGCUGGAGAGAAUGAAGCAGAAGGUGAAGAUAGCAAUGAAUCUGUACAGAACCCAGAAGAUGACAGAGGAACAAAAGAGAAUGGGACCACUGAAGCAUCAGAGAAAGGAUCUGAGGGGAUUUUUUCACAACAGUCUCAGGAAGGAUCUGGAUAUACAAGUGAUGAAGAUGAGUCUAAGAAAAAAAACAAUAUUAGCAAUGAGGAUGGUGAUUGUGGAAGUGAUGGGGAAUCUAAAUUGGUUAUAGAGAGUAAGCCUGCAAAGAUGUAUCCUGACAGUAAUGAAGAGGAGGAGGAAGACCAAUCAUCUCAGGCAAGCUUUGUGAUGGGAGAAGAUCCCCCAAAUGAAGACAAUGAAGAUAGUCAUCGAGUCUCUAAAAAGAAAAAGCAGAACUCAAAUGUUAUUGAUGAAGAUGAUCUGGACUUUUAAAAUGAAUUGACUUGAGCAUGUUUGACAUAUUUGGAUUUUUUUCUCAACUAUUAAAUGAGUCUUUAAGGUAAAA